CAGAAGCUCAGUAGGGCAGCCGACGCGCGGAAGGGAGCACGGGCUUCUUCGCGCCACAAGCAACAUGCGGUUCACGGACGACGCGUUCUGGCUGUGCCUGCUGGGCUUGGUGGUGGUGACGGCCACUCUGGAGGUGCCCAACUCUCCGUGUCCAGAUGCCUUCCGCUACCUGCAAGGCGCAGAUGGCUACUGGUCGGGGCUGGUGCGGGUCCCUGCCCCCAACGGCCUGCCAAUGAAGGUCGUCACAGAGCUCUACCUCAAGGCAGCACUGCCCAGUAAGUAUUCUGGCCGCCUGAUGUUGCGCCUUGGGAAGGAUGAGGUGCUGCGUCAAAUGCGGAUGGGCGUGCUCCAGGACAUAGACUACAAGUUGCUGUUUCCACUGCACAGCCCAUUACCGGAGGUUAAACGCAUAACGGCCAACAAUGUCAUUGUCUGCGAGGGACCACCAGUCAGAGCAAGCACGCUGACAACCAUAAGGUUGGAGCAUUCACUCUUCCCAGUGGUGGCACCCCUGUCACCUGGCAAGCACCCAGCAACUGGAUCAGGAAGACCACGGCCACAACAGGGAGGAAUGAACCCUGAGUACCUAGACACUAAUGGACCAUUUUCCGCAGUGAAGCCACCAUCUGAGGACACAGGAGGUUUUGUGCAUUCAAACAACCCAUUCUUUUUCACAAAGCCACCUAGAGCAACUACUGUGCCACCCGCAACACCUCCACCGUGGCAAAACAGAGCUCCUGACACAGGAUCAAUCAGUUGUGGAAGGCCAAUAGUUCCUGUUGAACUUGUCCUGAAUGGAAAUCGUACUUCAAGAGGAGAAUGGCCAUGGAUUGCAGCUAUAUUCACAGUCACAAGCAUUGGACAAGAAUUUGCUUGCAGCGGUAGUCUCUUGAACCGAAGGACUGUCAUCACAGCUGGGCAUUGCAUCAAGUACCGUGAUAAUCCGGCACUCACACCAAAGGAUCUUGUUAUCUACCUCGGAAAGUACGAGGUGCGGCGCUUCGCAGAGCCUUACAGCCAGGUUAGAGAGGUGUCAGAAAUAUAUCUCCAUCCAGACUACAACAGUAACAACUUUGAUGCUGACAUUGCUAUGAUCAUACUGCGGGAUCCUGUUGAGUACACCCGUUAUGUUCUUCCGAUUUGCCUGUGGAAUCAACAUUCAUCAUUAAACCAUAUAAUUGGUCAAAUUGGAGUGGUUGUUGGUUGGGGCCGGGAUGAACAUGGCAACAGAGUGACUGAUUUUCCACGCAAGACAAAUGUUCCUGUUGUGUCCAGAGAAGACUGCAUAAACAGUCGGAAGGAUUUUGCCCUCAUCACCUCUGAGCGGACAUUCUGUGGAGGAUUUCGGAAUGAUACAGGGCCCUGUUCAGGUGACAGUGGAGGUGGUCUCUUCCUUCCCUCUGAUCCAGGGCGAGGAAGUGAUACACAAUGGUUUCUGCGCGGAAUUGUAAGCCUCUCACUACUUGAUCCCGAAACACAGAGCUGUGACUUGAGGCAAUACAUUGUGUUCACAGAUGUUGCAAAGUUCCAGGACUGGAUUUUGCAAAUAGCACAGAGACUAGGAGAUCAACCAUAACAUAAAUGUGAUUGCCUCUUACGUUCAGGUGAUCCUGAAAACUAAGAGAAUAUAGUGACUGUUGUAUCUAAACUUAAUUGUAUUUAUUGUAUUUUCAAGAAGACAAAAGCCAUGACUAUGGUUACAUGCUGUGCUGUGAAAACUGAUGACACACAUUAGUGAUUAUGGCUGAUGUGUUCAGCACUGUAUAUGUUCCAGGAAGAAUAUGAUCUCAGUAGCAAUUUGAAAGAAAGUGUGUGUGCCGUACAAAGAAGUGUGUGUGCCGUACAAAGAAGUAUGUGUGCCAUACAAAGUACAAAAGUUGAUGGAAGCUAUAGAUAGUGCUUUGCCAUACAUGUUAAUAAACUGAAACCAACCUGUAAUUCUAUUAUGGUUACUAAAUGUGCAUUUGAUUUGCUGUCGAAGAAAAUCAGUUUUUUUGAGCCUUUAGUUGCUAAACCUUGCUAUGGCCUCUAUGCAAGAUUCUCCAGAACAUUGAACUCAGGAUGUAAUUUGUAGAUUUUUAAAAAUUAAAACCUCAUAAAAUUACUUUAUUUAGAUGUGAUUUUUGACUGCACAUGAUAAUUUUGAUGCAUAAUGACAGUAUUAUUAUAAUUUUAUUAUAAGCAAAUAUAUUUUUGUGAACUUGUUUCCACUUACUUUCAUAAAUCAAAUAAAAAUACCAAUAGCUGUCUGAAGAGAUGCAGAAAAUAGAACUAUAAGACUGUAGUGAGUUGAGACACAAGACAUAAAAAGAAAAAUUUUCAUUAGUUUUAGGAUUACUUCUAAGCAGAACAGUGAGAGGAAUGUAUAUUAAGUUAUAGAUGUAACAACACAGACUUUACUUCAGUAAAUUUUCUAAAAGUGAAGAAAAUAAUCCACCAUAUAUGGUAGGCAUUGAACAGUGAAAUGAUGCAAAAGAAGUGAUUUGUUAUACCCAAGCUAUCAGAUGUAUUUUUGGGGCAGAAGGAUAUGUUUGAAGGACAUCAUGAGUUUACAUAAAUAUGACAUUUGCAAAGUGGAUAAUUUAUAAAGUAAUGGAUGUGAAGACAACAUUUCAGAUGGGCAGUUUGUGCUGAACAGUAGUAUGCUCACUAAUUGGCUUUCAAAUUCACCUCUGGCCCCCCUCAGUUUGACAGUGUCACUUCACAAAGGCAGGUGGUAGUCAUGUCAAGAAAGAAAUAUGUACAUAGGGUACAUAGAAAUUCACAGGUGUCCCUGCAUUUAAAGGAAAAGAUAUGCUGGUGAUAUGACAGAAAUAAUUAGUGGAUUCCAAAGACAAGUUCUUCAAUUGAGGUCUCCAAUAAGGACAUAACACAUGACAAUGGAUUCUGAGCAAUAAUGGUAUAACAAUGGGCAAGAAUAUUUAAUAAUUUAGAUGGUUACUGAAAUAGCAUAACUGAAAAUGUAAGGACUUUUUCAUUUCAGGGCAGAAUUGAUGAUAGCAGAGCCUUUCUGAAGUUACUAUCCCUUCUCAACCAGACUUACUGCUAUUCACAGUUUGUGACUUGAUACACUAAUGUACCCCCUCUAACCAAGGGCUUCUGUUAUUGAACACCACAUCCCCAACAUCCAACUGAAUCAAAACAUGCUACCUCCUUCCUUAUAAACUUAACCAAACACCCUGAAUCACAAGCUGUGGGUUGCUCAAUACUAAAAGUCUUCUGUACUAUAAAUUUGGCCCUAACUUCAUUGAUGACUGCUGUGAUGUAGUGAAUAAUAUGAAGUCCAUUGAAUUUAUGUUUAACUGCCUGGUUUGUAAGUUGUAAGAAUUAUUGAAAUUUUUUUGGAGAAGAAUUUGAAGUAUUCAUGUACUGUAGAGCACACAUAUAGGUACUGAAUGAAUAUGGUUCUUCCAGUCACAGGCCAACAUGCCAUAAUGAGUGUUACAGAGGGCCAAGCAGACUGACUUCCGCAUGAGGUCAGGAUGGCUAUUGGGGACCUGUGAAGCAUCAUCAACACUAUUAAAACACUAUAGUUCAGGUAUUUAUUUGCAAUUUUUGCAAGUCACUCUUCCACACUAGCCUUGGCUGUUGAUUAUUCAUCUGUGUUGGAUUCUAGCUGAUAUAUGUCCUGUCAGCUCUACAACUCUCCUCCCUACCAACCGGUAGGUUUCAGCUCCCUGACGUGCCUGAAUGUUGAACAGGCAUGUGGACCCCAAAAGGCCAUGUUGCUGGCUUCCGCAUUGAAGCUCAGUGCUGGCAGCACCCAGUGAUGUGGUGGUGGAAGGCAGUCAGUUCCUCCAUCGGUUGAUAAUAGGUGGUGAGCAGUAUGAAGUUUAUUAGGUGAAGGCCAAUGUCUUGAAUAAGUCUUUGGCUAGUUCAUGGUCUGUGCUGGAGCAUCUAGGACAUACAUUCAUUACAGUAUUGUAAUGAUGGAAUUGAGUGCUAUUACUGUGUAUGCCAUUGAUUCCAGUGAUCAAAUCAUCAUGAGAGCUGGGGUAUUUAAAGGAAGCUAGUUAGAGGCUAUGAUGUUAAGCUUAGUUUGUAAUAACUCCAUAUGUUCUCCUAUUUUCCGCUGUAUUUGUGACAAUGUCAGUGGGUUUUAAUAAAUUUUUUCUCUUUUCUA